AUGGCGUCUGAUAAAGACCACAGGGCCGAGGCGACUACUGCCACUCGUGGUAAGAAGCGCCAGCGCGGCGACAUGGAAACGUCGUCAACGCUAGGUCGGCGCAAGGUAGCUUGCCAGACGUGCCGGAAUCGCAAGGUCAAAUGCGAUCUCAAGCGUCCUAUCUGCAGCUUAUGUGCAGCAGCUGACAAUGAAUGUGUCUAUGUUACCGAUCCGCCUAAGCAGACGCUAGAAAGUGUCGCGGAGACCCUGACCGGCCGCUUAGAUCAUGUCACGAAACAACUCGAUGAUCUCAAGGCAGCAGUUCAAGCCAACAACUCUCAGCUUCCGUCACUGGUCCAUGCUUCCUCGCACGAUUCAUCACUGCUCAAAAGCCCGCCAGUACCGGGCGGUCCAGUAGCCCAAUCGAGUCGGGACUUCUCACACAUACCGCCUCACCGGACUACUGCAGACACCGUGCUCACGUGGCCUAUCUUUGGUGGUAGAUUCGAGCCCAAUCAUCUAAUCCAGCCCUUACUGUGCAAUCCGGAUGUGUCCGACUCGCGAGAACACUCGAAUUCUGUCUCAGAGAAGGACAACUAUGCCCUGACAACUUCAAUCGGACCUCUGGAGGAUGAGCGCAUUCCGACCCUAGUGGACAGCUUCCUGCUCAAUGUUCACACCAAGAACCCAGUGCUCGACGUCGAAACGCUCAUUGUCAGGGGCAGAGAGGCGUCAACACGCGGUCUUGGCUACGAUGCUCACAGCUGCAUUAUACUGCUGGCAUGCGCUUUAGGUUGCAUUGCAAAGCCCUUCCAACCUGAUGCUGCCACUCCCAAAGUAGCCACAUCGAAGGAACUACAAAUGGGUGAACAGUGUUUCGUGCUGGCUUGUCGGCGGCUAGGCCUGCUCAAACAAACAGUGCUAGCUGCUCAAUGCCAUUUCUUUGCAGGAGUCUACCUGAUGUACACUCUGCGACCAAUGCUGUCAUGGCAGCAUUUCCACCAAGCUUCUACGACUUAUCAGCUGUAUCUGAAGACGAACGGACGCUUGAUCGAGCACAUGACUGUGGUGGAGCAGGGCCACAAUGCUCUGCAGCCCGGUAGUGCUCAAUAUCGCAAGCAGGCCCGCCUUGAACAGCGCUUAUACUGGUCAUGCUUCAAGUCGGAAGCGGAGUUUCGAGUGGAACUUCCACUCCCGCAAUCCGAACUUGCAGACUAUGAGUACCCCAGAUUGUUUCCUUCGCCACCGUCGCCACCGUCACCGCAUCAGUACGAGGAUGUAGAUGGCCAUACAGCCGACGAGCACUCGUCUCACGCGCUGAACUUGCAUAAUGACGAAGCCGCGGAGUCCAUACGACAAACCGAAAGCUGGUAUUACUACCUGACAGAAGUCGCCCUUCGUCGGAUUGGCAAUCGAAUCAUCAACACAUUCUUCGCAGGUGGCCAUGAAAGUUGGACAUACAUCGAGCCAUAUCUGGACAUUGCUGUUGAGUUCGAGGCCCAGGUAAGCUCAUGGUACGCAAACCUGCCGCCAGCUAUGCAACGAUACGAGACGAAUUCCACCAUCAAAGCUCCGCAGAAAGAGUCCGCAGGCGGUGUGGCAGCCGACCACGUUUCUAGAGAACUGAGCUGGGCGACCGAGAAUCGACUGCUCGAGAUGAGGUCCUGGCUAUACCAGCCAUUCCUGUACUACCUCGUACACGUCAAGCCGCUUGCUCCGACGCAAGGGAUGUCAAGCCCUGUCAGCUUUACAAGCAGCGGCACAUACAUGGGACUGAGCCCCGAAGGAGCAAGUGUGUACUGGAGCUUCAUUCAGAGGGGCAUCGAAUGCAACUUGACCAUCUUGGAUACGCGAACAUUGACACAUCGACACCAUGGACUCUGGUACGACCUGAGGGCGAGUGUUUGCGCGUCCUUCAUCCUGCUCGCCACUGUCCGAGCCGGCUAUACAGACCUCAUACCUGGUGGUCUAGCAACCUUGGUGGGGACCUCUCCACAGACUCCUGGGGCAGAGAUGCAGCGUCCCAGAACGUCAUCGUCUGGAUCUGCCGUACCCAGGCCCAGCCAAGUUGGUGGUAAGCUUGGCAAAGUACUAGAUCAGCUUCGAUUCUGGUCGGACGAAGCUCCUGAAAUGAUUCGACAUGCAGAUGUCCUCGAAGGUCUCAUACUGGAGAUGGCUGCUUAG